AUGUCUGUCCGUACUGCCCCUCGCCUGCUCUUGCGGGCCCAGCGUGCCCUCGCCACGCGUCCCAUUGCCGCAUCGUUCUCGACCGCGUCUCGUGCCGCGACUCUUGCGCGUCCCACACUCGCCUCCACUUCGUUCUCGGUCGCCGCUCGCCCGCAGACCCGCUCGACGUCGUCUACACCGCAUGGUGACCCCGGACUUGCGCCUGGUAUCGAGUUUCGCGACCUGACCGACGCGGAGUACCACGACAUUGCCGACAAGGACAUGGACAUCUUGCACGAGGGCCUCGAGGUCCUGUGCGAGGACUUUGGCAAUGGCCAGUGGGAGGUCGAGUAUAGCUCUGGCGUCAUGACCCUCAUCGUCCCUCCCCACGGCACGUAUGUGAUCAACAAGCAGCCUCCCAACCACCAGAUCUGGGUGAGCUCGCCCAUUUCGGGACCCCAGAGGUUUAGCGUGGCCCCAAGUGGUACCUGGGUGCAUCACCGCCGUGAAGGCGUGCAGCUGGGCGCCUUGCUCGAGGGCGAGCUGCGCGAGUUCCUGAAGGACAACGGCGAGGGCCAGGACUGGGAGGGUGUUGGUCUCAAGUAA